AUGAGUAACGCCUUCCAGCACGGCAGCCGGACGCUGUUCACGUCCCCGCACAUCCGGCGCCCGGAGUACUGGCAGUUCAUCAAGCUGGUGGUGCCUCCCGGCCGCACCCUCCCGCCGGGGAAGACCAAGUGGAGCAGUGACGACACUAACGAGGCCUUUUGUCUGCGAUGCGACACCACCAUCCCCUUCCAGAAGUCCCCGAGCGUUGUCGUGCGCAACCACAUGCAGAAGAAACACCCGCAGGAGCUGAACGACUUCAUCGCCCAAGCGGGUUCAGCGGGGAGGGGGCCCGCUGGAAGCGGGAGAGCGAAGCGAUUGUCGUCUGAGCCCUCUAUGAGUGAGGACAUGGGCUCCAUGGUUGCAAGCAGCAGUUCCGCUGCCCCCGCAGCGAAGAAGCCGCGACGCAACCAACCGACUGCCAGAACCCAAUCUGAAGACCGCCAAGCGAUGGCUAUGGAUCUGUUAGUGCGCUGGAUUUGUGGCAGCCUGGAACCGCUGUCCACGGUGACGGAAGGUGGCUUUAUCAAGCUCAUCACCUUCCUUUCACAGGGGACGCACGAGCUGCCCGACCGAACGGCCAUGUGUCGUGUGGUGGAGCAGAAGGCGGCGGAAUGGCGCUUCGAGACGAUGGAGAAAGUAAAGUACAAGGUGGUGGGGCACUACUCGCUCUCCGCUGAGCUUUGGUGCACGCACUACGACAUGAAGUAUGUCGCGCUGCUGUGUCACCAUGUGAAUGACAAGUUUGAAACGGAAACGUUCCCGUUGGGUGUGAUUUAUGUGCCACCGCCAGAGGAUGGAGGAGCAAAGGAGCUGGCCAAGCUGAUGGAGGCUGUUUUCAGGGACUGGGGUCUUCCUAAGCACUCUUUGUCUCUUCUCCUGACCAGCAAUGAUACAACCAUUCGCCAGCUCGCAUCAAUCCUUGAGGUGAAGCGAUUUCCUGAUCUGUGGGCUGUGGCGCACAACUGCCUUGUAAGCUGGAUCCGGCCACCUCGUGUUGCUGCUUCGAAUGCUACAGUGCCCGCUGGAGGUACCAGAACCAAAGCGGCUGCACAAUUGAGUGUUGCGUCGGUAGUCCAAGAGCUGCGAUGGCUAGCCGAUGGAUUCGACCAUGAUAUCAGGGUCAAGAAGAUGCGUGCUCAGACAAUCGGUGGAGACGAAGAGGAACUGCUGAUUCGCAAAACGAAUUGCUCAACGUGGGCUGAAGUGUACGAUUUCCUGUCCGAACUGAUGCUCUGGAGACCGUCGAUCAACCGUUUUUUCGCCUCCGCGGCCUCCAGUUCCACUUGUCGUAUUACCGAGCCUACCGCGAAGAUGUGGUUUGUUGCGGAAGCCUACCUCCUCCUGCUCCGCACGCUGCGUGAAGUCAAGCAAAUCACCACCAAGGACAAAGCGCGGACCCUCCCGUUUGUGAUCCAUUGUCUAAUGGCUAUCAAGCAGCAACUGAGCCAGGAAAACAUCACCGAUCUGCUCAUGCUUCAGAAAGGGAUCGUGGACAACCUCAGCGCAAACUACGACGCAUUGGUGCCGGAGUUUUUGUGGUGCUCGCUUCUGGAUCCGCGGUACGCCAAGAUGGACCACGUUGAUGAAGACAAGCGCGUACAAUGCAAACUGGAGCUAACGGAGCGUACGGUUGAGCUGCAUCGGAAGAACACCCCAACGCCGGGGCUCAUGCAUCAACUACUGCAGGAGGAGGAUGCACCAAACGAGAUCGACACGGACGAGAUGCGGAUCUCCGUGGCCGACGAGGUGUCCGCUUACUUGGCUGAACAUCAGCAGCGGACUACUCGCCGGUAUCCGUUCCUCUCGGCGUUGGCGCGCGUGUGGCUCGGUAGUGUUGGCUGUUCGUCUGCCGAUAUCGGCGCACUUCGCCGUGAAAUCCCCUACUUGGUGGUUCUUGACAACGAGGAGCACGAACACUCGGAAGAUCCGUGGAACACCAUGAUCAACAUGCUCUACCUGCACGUGAGCAUCCGCGAGUCAAAGAGGUCGGAGCAAAAGUAG